AUGUUGACUGUUGCUGGGAUGCUGUUGUCGAAAUGGAUUCUUUUCACGAGCUCAAAUGCCCCCAUGACGUUUCUUUCGUUCAGAAACGUGGCUGCCAGCCGGUUCAACAGGUACGAGUUGAUGUUCUGGAGCGUAAAACCGGUUUCUGUGAAAUGCCUACCAGGUGUUUGCGUUGGCAGAGAGUCCCUGGGUCUGGAUCUGCUGCAAUCUGUCGAUGCGAGGCUGGUACACUGUUUUGGUGGCAGUGAAGGCAAGCAGCACGUUGUGGAAGUCGAUGUCGAGUUGAAACGACGUGACCGGGCUACCUGUGCAACCAGUUCCAAGCAUGGCUGCGCCCCACAAAAAAACAUCCUCCCCCCCAAUAAAGUUGAUCUUUUUCUUUUUGCCAUGGAAGACCUGACAUUCCACACAAAGACGAUCAAUUGGCGCGAUUGGCUCGGCGAGUACCAUAUGAACAACGUGCUGCUACAGAACAAGAACGGCCCGUGUUUCAUCAUCUCGCUGGUGAACAGCCUGGUUCUGGCAAGCGAGCUCAGUAACGACGAGUGGAGCACCGUGGGAAAGGCGCGGUCGAGCCCGUCAAAGACGCAAGCCAAGACGGUGCCUGCGAGCGAUCUCAGUUCGCUCAAGAAACUGCUGGUCUCGCGCAAAGUCGGCCUUGCGUCGCUGCUGAACGAACUGACCCACCUGAUGCUCGCCUUGAACGAGACAAAACAGGACCCCGUGGACAUUGGCGAGAUUUUAAACGUGCUGCCCCAUCUCGGAACAGGCCUCAACGUCAACCCGGUGUUCACGAACCCGGUCGUGGGCGACUUUGGCCCACACACUCACAGCAUCCUGCAAUUGCUCCACCUCUUCCAGCUGAAGGUGGUGCACGGGUUUCUGGUGGAAGCCGGGGCCACGGAGUUUGACACGUUCGACAAGUAUCAGGACUUUCUGAUCAGUGUGCUGGACCGGUUCAGUGCGACGCCGCUGGACACGAUGGGCGCGGACGAGAUUCUGGCGCUGGACGUGGGCCCCGACGACAGGGCCACUUUGGCCAAGUACGUGGAGUACCGGCAGUUUCUGGCCGACAACAGCACGCAAUUGACCGCGUACGGGCUCGAGACGCUCAAGAGCGACGCGACAGUGGUGCCGAACAACGGCGUGGUGAUUCUGUUCCGCAACGACCAUUUCACAACGCUGUACAAGCAGGAAGACAAGCUGUAUCUGCUUGCGAACGACGAGGGAUACGGCGGAGACAUUGUUUGGGAGGAGCUGAACACGGUGACGGGGCAGCACGACGAGCUGCUAAACGGGUUUUUCGAGGUUCGUGUGGGCGAGCCUGCCGAGGCCGAGUCUGUUGCUGCAGAGAGCGACGCGGAGGCCGGGGCAGACCAGCAGCUGGCUGCCCAGCUACAGAGCCAGGAGGACGAGCGCAUAGCCCGCGAUCUCCAGCGCGAGUAUCAGACCAAGAAGGUGCUCCAGGACAAGGCACGUGACAAGAAACCGGACACAAAGCGCAACGACAAGUGUUUUAUAGUGUAG